UAGCCCUUACUAAAAAUCUAUUGCGCAUACGCCUCUAUACUAACACAGGUGCGCCUCUGUACCAUUUGCCGUUACGCGGAGGCGGUAUGUGGCGCAAAAUCUUAAGCGUAAGGCUAUCGCUCAGUCUUUUUCUCACCGAACAAUGUCGAUCGUAUUUCAGAUCGGAAUAAGCAUGAGAAAAGCCUUGAAAAGAGCGGAUAUUGAGCGGAUAUUGAGCGGAUAUUGAGCGGAUAUUGAGCGACUGGUGUUACGUCACGGCUUCAUACCGUCUCCGUCUCCCCAAUGUGAUUAAAUAGUUGAAUUGAUCUUGAAGCAGUUCAUCCUAUCUCAGCCGCUGUCACAUCGAAAAUCCCCAGACUCCGCUCGGCAGUGCAAAAGGGGCGCCGAAUCAACUUACCGUAAGCGAGACAACAUCAUCAUCCCUCGCUGGAAGCUCAGCCGCAAUUCCAAGUGCACAAAACAGAAAAAAAAACAAGGCUGGCGACGGGCGUCUCCAACCCCCGUUGCACAGCGAAUGAACUCGGAUGCCGAGGAAUUGAUGUGUCACUUGAGGCAUUUCCAUUUCUCCGUCCUUAAGGCGUUCACGUCCACCCACACCCUGAAGUGGAGCCCAGUACUCGAGGAAACAAGGACAUGGCUGGCAAUUAGACAUGUCGAGCAACUUCCAGUUCGCAUUUUUAGGAUGCCAGAAUAACUAUCUCGCAAGUGUAACUGAGAUAACUGCAUCUGAGAGACCUGUUGGGCCAUCCAUUACAGAAACGUACGGCCUCCCCGACGGCUUUGCAGCAGAGUACAAAAAGUAUGCCCGCAAGAAAUACUUCUUUAAUAUCCGUGGGCACGAUUCGCUGUCGCAUAUCGGACGAUGGCACACCCUCACAUCAGAAGGAAACGUCAAAGCGUGUUCAAACAGCUAUGCCGAGAUUCCUCAGUUGGCAUCACUUGCUCUCCAGAACGCUGGUAGAGCAAAACGAAACUGUACUCCGAGUAUGAACGUAACUUUUGGACCUCAGCCAGGGAGCUUCUUCGCGGAUUUAUGCGAGGUAAAAGAGUACAGGUGGUCGCACCUGCCGCCGAGCUUGGAAAGUAAAUUACAGAGCUUGAUGACCGCAAAUGCAACAUUUCUCAGGAGGGGGAUCUAUGGAAAGAUAUUUGAUGUUGCUAUAAAUGCUAGUGAGGGCUGGGUGUUGUUGAUGAAGAAGGGCGAGAAGUAUGAGCGGGGUGGUGAACUGCCGCCCGAGUUGAUCAGGGCCUUGGAGCUUGGUGUCGAGAGGAAAGCUGCCAUCAGCCGAAUAUUCCUAAACCACCAAAAUCCUUUCGAAUACGUCCUUCUAUUCUCUGACGGAAUAGCUCACAUCAGUCUUCACGAAGACUUCCACGAGCCAUUGAGAAGGCUCCUCAAGCUGUGGGCGACGAAUCGCCAUCUCUCUGACAAGUUCCGUUUUCAUCCGCGAUCCACUUGCGCAUACCCAAAACCGUACCAAAGAAGUCUCAAUGCAUGUUAUUACAAUGCACGAGGACUUUUUCAUCUUGCUCGUGGUAACAAUUUACUGGCCUUGAGUUAUUUCAACGAGGCGCAUGAGCAGAACAGAAGCAGUGAGGAGAUACAUUUGAAUCUGGGGAUGGCACUCGUUGCUGUGCGGAAAAGCCGGCAAGAUGAAGAGCUGGAGAUCUACUUGGCAACGGAGAAAGAUCUCAGACCAAAUCCAAUAGUGCUGAAAGAGGGAGAAUUGGGAAACUUCAGAAUGUCGUAUGUUGGGAUGGAUUCUAGGGGCUGGGACAUGGUCAUGCUUGAGCGGGGCUUGGAUGGAUUUAUGGAAAGAGUUCGGAGUACAACAUGCGAGUCAUGGACUUGUAGUAUGGUUGGGGAGAUGAUGGAAGUCUGGGUAGAGAAAGGUCCGAUCGAAAUGCCGGGAAAUCCCCUAGAUGGCAGGGUAUAUUCGCAUGAGUUGAGCGGAGGCCAUGAACACGGCUGAUGGGGUCCGCCAUUGGUAGGGGUAGACCAGAGUGCUCUUUAUGUACGAGAGCGGUUGGCGACAGUUUGCCAGGACAAUAGAUGAACCGAACUACAUAUCAUUGUCAACAACCUAACCUAUGUACUUUAUGAAAACUGCCAUUAUUCUUCGCACCUUUUCGUUGCAAGUUCUCAGACCAGCAAUACAUCAGUCAUUCCAU